AUGCCGGCGACAGAUAUGCAGUCCAUGGAAAUGGACAUGGUGCAGGGUAUGUACGACUCGUAUGAACUCAUUAGUGUGGACCCACCGACGUACUCCGUUCUUCUUACCGCCACGGCGGAUGACCCACCGGAGUUGCGCGUGACGAUUGUGUAUGACUCAGAGGGAUACCCAGAGACGGCUGCCCCCACUGUCCGUCUGGAACACAUUGCCAAACAUCGUCGCAUGCAGACGGCGACUCUUGCCAAAGAGAUUGAGGACCUUUGCGCGGAACAGAUCGGCAUGCACAGCGUCAUUUCUGUCCUUCAGAAAGCCCAGGAGUACCUCACAGAUUAUGCGGCAAUGGAAGAAAAGGCGGAGCUGCAACGACGCGGGGACGCGUUGACAAAAGCCGCUGCCAGUGCAUCUACGGCCGCGCCAGAUCCCACAGUACGCAUCGGAACUGCCGUCACACGUGAGCUUUUUGCUGGAUGGAGUGAAAAACACAUAGCGGAAAAGCUGCAGAAGCGGGUUUUGAGCGAAAAGAAGAGCACAAAACUAACGGGUCGGCAGCUGUGGGAUGGCACACUCAAGAACGCUGACUGGGAUCUUUUUGAAGCCUUAGAGGACGAGCAGGACAUUGACUUAUACACUCUGGCCAAUGGGGAGGGGGAGGAGGUGGACGAGGUGGAGUACGAUUUAGAUGACACGGCCGAAGAGGGAUGA